AGAUCUCCCGAAGGAGAUAAGAGAGAAAAAAAGAAAAAAAAAUAGAGGGUUUGGUGGAUCUCUCAUGUAAUCGGUGCUCCCCGAUUUUUUUCCUUUUCUUAUUUUUAAAAAAGCUUUCUCCUUUUGGCCGCCUCUACCCUGCCCAGAGAGAUUCUUAUACAGCUGAAUCUUCAAUUUGGUUACUUGAAUCUCGACUCUCUUCUGAUUACCAAAUUCGGAAAGCUAUUCUUGUGGCUCAUUUGAAUUGGGAUUCCGUUAUCUUAUUGUAAAGAUGGAGUCUUCAAGUCCCCACCAUAGUCACAUUGUUGAGGUUAAUGUUGCAAAGUCUGGUGAAGAAAGAAUUAUUGCUGGAAGUAAAGUCUGUGGAGAAGCGCCGUGUGGGUUUUCAGAUUCUAAGAAUGCUUCAGGGGAUGCCGCAGAACGCAAUGCUUCUAUGCGAAAGCUUUGUAUCGCUGUCGUGCUGUGUCUAGUGUUCAUGAGCGUUGAAGUUGUUGGUGGCAUCAAAGCCAACAGUUUGGCCAUACUAACCGACGCUGCUCAUUUGCUCUCUGACGUUGCUGCCUUUGCAAUCUCGCUGUUCUCAUUGUGGGCUGCUGGCUGGGAAGCGACACCGAGGCAGACUUAUGGGUUUUUCAGGAUUGAGAUUUUGGGAGCUCUUGUGUCUAUCCAGCUCAUUUGGUUGCUCACGGGAAUUCUGGUGUACGAAGCCAUUAUCAGGAUUGUCACCGAGACCAGUGAGGUUAAUGGAUUCCUCAUGUUUCUUGUUUCUGCUUUUGGUCUAGUGGUGAACAUCAUAAUGGCUGUUUUGCUUGGACAUGAUCAUGGUCACAGUCAUGGGCAUAGCCAUGGUCAUGACCAUCACGAUCAUGGUGGAAACCAUAUCCAUGGGGUGACUGUUACUACCCAUCACCAUCAUCAUGAUCAUGGUCAGAGUCAUGGUGAGGACAAACACCAUGCUCAUGGGGAUGUUACUGAGCAAUUGUUGGACAAAUCAAAGACUCAAGUCACGGAAAAAGAGAAAAGAAAGAGGAACAUCAACGUCCAGGGAGCUUAUCUUCAUGUCCUUGGGGAUUCCAUCCAGAGUGUUGGUGUUAUGAUUGGAGGAGCUAUCAUUUGGUACAAUCCGAAACUGAAGAUUGUGGAUCUAAUCUGUACGCUUGUCUUUUCGGUUAUUGUCUUAGGAACAACCAUCAACAUGAUUCGAAGCAUUCUAGAAGUAUUGAUGGAGAGUACACCCAGGGAGAUUGAUGCUACAAAACUCGAAAAGGGUUUGCUCGAAAUAGAAGAAGUGGUGGCUGUUCAUGAGCUUCACAUUUGGGCAAUCACAGUGGGAAAAGUGCUAUUGGCUUGCCAUGUCAACAUCAGACCAGAAGCAAAUGCAGAUAUGGUACUCAACAAGGUAAUUGAUUACAUCCGCAGGGAGCAUAACAUUACUCAUGUUACGAUACAAAUCGAGCGCUAAAAGAAAAGCUAAGAUCUGAUGAAGAGUUUUGUAUCAGCAUUCUCAUUAACAAUAAUUAAUAAAGUUUCUACCUUUUUCCA